UGCCUCUAACCUCUCUAUAUAACCCCCGGUUGUAACUUGUAAAACUCUUUCAGCCUCUCUCCCCUCUUCCCCAUCUCCCUCUCUCCAGCUCGAUCGAUCGAGCUGCGCAGAGACUACUAGCGAGCCCCUGCUGCAGCCAUGGAGAAUUAUCACAUGCUCUUCGGGGCGGCUGCGGCGGCGACGCAGCCCUCGUCGUCCACCUCCAACUCCUACAACUUCCUGGCAGCCGGCGGCACGAGCGGCCUGCAGCAGCGCGACCACGAUCGAGGGCAGCAGCAGGCAGGCCACAGCCACAGCCACAGCGGCGGCCCGUUGUUCCUGGCGGCGGAGCUCUCUAACAGCUCCAAGGAUGCCGGCGGCGCGAGCCCGCCGGCCGCAGGGGAGUCGUCCGCGGGGCCUGCCGCUGCCGAGGCCGACAGGGCGCCGGCGGGGAAGAGGAAGGGCGAGAAGAAGGAGCGGCGGCCGCGGUACGCGUUCCAGACCCGCAGCCAGGUGGACAUCCUCGACGACGGCUACCGGUGGAGGAAGUACGGCCAGAAGGCCGUCAAGAACAACAAGUUCCCAAGAAGCUACUACAGGUGCACUCACCAAGGGUGCAACGUGAAGAAGCAGGUGCAGCGGCUGUCAAGGGACGAGGCCGUGGUGGUGACCACAUAUGAGGGAACUCACACACACCCCAUCGAGAAGUCCAACGACAACUUCGAGCACAUUCUCACCCAGAUGCAGAUAUACUCCGGCAUGGGAUCAAACUUCAGCAGUAGCCACAACAUGUUUUACUGAUGAACUACUGUUUCCCAAAUCACUUGAAGCAUCUAUAUGCAUGCGCCAUUCAACCUAAGCAUGCAACAAGCCGUAGAUUCUUUUUGAUUUGUACAUUAAGUCUUAGAGGUUAAGAAAGAAAUAAGCGUGAUCUGGUAGCUAGAGUAUGCAGGUAUAUUACUCACGCAAUGGUUCUUUUUCUUCUUCUUCUUCUUCUUCUUCUUCUUUUGCUUGCAAUUGUAGGCCAGGGUAGAGGCUGAUAUAUAUACAUUCUCCAGAAAUUUUAAAGAUGUUGCACAUUACAAUUAAAAACAGAA